GUUCACCCAGACGCUUCGCACUAAAUAAAACUUUUACUUAAAACCCAACUCAACGGCCACGUGUCUCCCCCCCAAACAGCGGGAAAUGAAAGUUGUUUUUCCCUCUCGCCCUCUCUCACUUUGGACGAACCCGGGAAACUUCUGUCGGUGAAUUAGAGUGAGAGCGCCAGAGAGACUCAGGCUCGACACAAGGAAACGAGCUGCAGCUGCCUCACAUCCUGCUUUGUGACUUUAAGACCGGGGCUUCCUUGAAACCGCCCGGCUCCGCGUUUAGCGUGAGGCAAACUUCUGCACCGGAACUUUUUUAACUCGGGAACUUUUUAAUAAGCAGAUUUUUUUAUUAUUUGCGCUUUAGCUCUAGUCUCAACUGUUCGGUUCUUCUUGAUCUUCGCAGCAGCAGAAUGCGUGUUUGCAGACGGGGAGCGGCCGCGGGGACAUGUCUGUCUUUAAUCUGUCUCUAACCGCCGGGAGCUGACUUCUGCACAUCAAAGCUACAAAGACACAAAAACAACACAAAAACAACACAACACAACUCGGUGCUGUGAGAGCGACGGACCCAAUGGACCCUUCUCCGUCCAUUAUAACGCAAGUGACCAGGGAGGAGGAGGAGGAGGAGGAGGAAGACGCUGGCGGUGAGGAAGGUGCCCACACAGUUCCCCCAUCGAGGAAGCCUCGCAGCAGAGGCCUCUUCCACAGUCUCUUCUGCUGCCUGUGUCGCAAAGAAUCAGAGCCGCCUCCGGUGAGGAACAAUGUCCCCUUACUGGAAGAAAAUGGGUCUCUGUCAAAAGUUCCAGCAAAACCUCUGCUCUCACGGAUACAAUCGAACGACACGGGGAAGAUCUGUGUGGUCAUUGAUUUGGAUGAAACACUAGUCCAUAGUUCAUUUAAGCCAGUGAACAAUGCUGACUUUAUCAUUCCAGUGGAAAUCGAUGGAACAGUUCACCAGGUGUACGUGCUGAAGAGACCCCACGUGGACGAGUUCCUCAAGAGGAUGGGAGAAAUGUUCGAGUGCGUUUUGUUCACCGCCAGUUUAGCCAAGUAUGCAGAUCCCGUGUCCGACCUUUUGGACAAGUGGGGGGCCUUCAGGAGCCGUCUCUUCCGGGAGUCCUGCGUCUUCCACAAAGGGAACUACGUAAAAGACCUGAGCCGUUUGGGCCGAGACCUCAACAAGGUCAUCAUCAUCGACAACUCUCCGGCCUCCUACGUCUUCCAUCCCGACAACGCUGUUCCUGUCGUAUCCUGGUUUGACGACAUGGCCGACACCGAGCUCCUCGAUCUCAUCCCUUUCUUUGAGAGACUAAGCACAGUGGACGACGUCUACGAUAUUCUGAAGCAGGAGAGGACUUCGAGUUAACAGAUGCAGAGGACUAGGAUGACACCGAUCACCAGUGGCUGUCGUCACGGGGGCCACGGAGGCCGCUGGGCCACAGGUCCCACGCCGGCCUCCCACUACAAGGACCAUACUGCAAAAAAAAAGAUACCUGUCAUUUAAUCUAAUAUUCUUAUUGUAUAGUGCAUUAAAAAAAGUCACAGUAAUCCUGUAGCUGGGUUCAGUGACAGUCAUGUAAUCCCGGUGACAGAUUUUUCUUUUUUUUUAAUUAAUCGUGGACUUUAAAUGACUUCUGCAGAAAUCAUUUGCGGCGCAGCUAGAGAGCGUGACUGUUGUCAUUGUGUGACAGCAGCGGUUUGUGUACAUGAUCAGACACGACGUUAGAACCGCUCUCAUGUUUUUAUGUCGAGGCUGAGCGGUGGACGAACAGGUUUGACUGUUGCGGUUGAUCCCUGUCAGUUGUGCCAUUCAGCGCCAAUCAAACCACAUCACGUCAUUUUCAUGUCAGUACGAUGUAGCGUUUAUAUCUGAGGCUCCACACAGAAUACAACAGGUCGUCAGAGACAGGGCCUUGAAUCCCAAAUUGUUUACAUAGGUUGAAUAAUUUAUCAAAUUGAUUUGUGGCACGUUUCACUACAAAAUGCACAUUCUGACAUGUGCCAAACAUUUACUGUGUGGUUUUGAAAAGCUGCAGUUGGAAUUAGGGAUUUGGUUUAAAGAAAAUAUACAAUAUUCUUUGCUUUUAGACGGAAAAGAUCCAGAAACAAAAAUCAUGAAAGUAGUAGUUCUUAUUGACUACAAUACAUGAAUAUGGUUUAAUAACUAUAUAUAGUAAUAUUACUAAAACCUUAUUAUGAAUGUGUAAUAAAUCUUUUAAGAUGCAGUCUUAUGCCCAAACUAUGACAGAAUAUUAGGGCCAUGUUGUAAAAUAAAUAAAUAUUGAAGAUAUCAAUAAUAAUGUUGUAAUUUUACCAGAAUAAUGUCGUAAUUUAAAUCUCCCAUUGAGAUUGGUUCAAGUUUUUCUUUUGUCUUUAAUCUCGUAAUUUAAUUGUUGUAGUAUUCUGAGUUUUCUUUUGAACUUAUUUCUCAUAAAUGGCGACUUAUCUAGUGAAAUUGCGACUUUAUUCUUAUAUAUUUAUGACUCAAUUAUUGUAAUAUUACACUGUUAUUUUUGUUAAAUUGCUACUUAAUUCUCAUAAAAUUAAAACUUUAUAUUUGUGAUUUUAGAAUUUUAUUCUUUUUAUGCUACAACUUUAUUCUCGUAAAAUGACUUUAUUGAACAUUUUCUACUUUACUCUUGCAAUUUCAGGAGUUUCCUCCAAAAAUCCGACCUUAUUCUCAUAAUAUUACAAUUCUAUUAAUAUUAUGACUAUUCUCGUCACUUCUCUAAAUCUCUGAAUUAGUUUUUUUUCAACAUGACCCUGAUACUGCGUCGUACAAAACACAUGAAACUGUGAGAUAUAUAUAUAACACAUAAGAGUUGGGUUGAGAUGAACAGACUGAUCGGAUCUUUUAUACACAGACGAGUACCCCUGCAGAAAUAGUGAGGUUAUUUUUGUACAGACAGUAUAUCAGACUGUUAGGCAAUCAUUGUGACUUGGUUUUAAUCCUAUUUGAUGUAAUAUUAUUUUAUCCUUUUGGAGAUUUUAAGCUGAAUUGGCCGCGCCCCCUGUGUGUGGCCCCCCCCUUCGAUAAUGCAAUAUCUGUUAAUGUGUGACCUGCUAAGGGCGCCGGAGCUAAGUGAGUGGUUUGAUUUCGAAAGCGCACUUUGACGCCUCCUGUUGGUAAACUUGAAUACAAACCUUUCCCUUUGUGUGUAAGGCACCAGCGGAGUCCAGUGUCCUUCCUGAUUCAUGUGUAAAUUCAGUUUCUGAGAGGAAACUCGUGCCAAACACUUUGGAUCAACCUGCUUCACUUUGCCUCAGCCUGGAGCAAGUGGUUAUAUAAUGUGUGUGAGAGUGUGUGUGUGGUUUGCAGGGUGCGUAUUUACAUGAGAUUUAAA